AUGCCCGGUGGAGCCCAGGCCUCUUUCCCUGCUUUCACUCGGGCUGUGAAACGCCAGCAGGAGCCGGCAGCAUCUGACACAUCCCCCUCGCUGCUCAGCCCCGCUGCUGCGGCCUCCCACGCGCCGCAGGGCCGAACCUCCGCUGAGGAGCGUUCCGAGGCGCCUGGUGACGGAGGUGGGAGAGAGACGCGCUUGGCACGAAUUAUCCUCCUCCCUAGAGAAAAGCUGCUGCCUCAGUGUGGGCGGCGCGGCGCUGCCGCGCACGCGCGGUCCCUCCCUGCCGCGGCCGUGCGCAGGCGCCGCGCGUGGGCCAAGAUGGCGGCCGUGAGCGCGUCGCGGUGGGUCGGGGCGGCCGCGGGGCGCGGGGCGGGGAACGCGCGGCCGCCGCUGCUGCUGCUGCUCCGCGGGCUCCGCGUCCCGCCCGCCCGCGCCCCGCGCCGCCUCCUGCUGCUCCGAGCUGGGCUCUGCGCCGCGGGGACGAAACGUGCUGCCGCCGCCGCCGCCUUCCACAGCAGCGGGGCCCGCACCAAGGAGGACUAUUACCAGGUGCUGGGGGUGCCCCGCACCGCCACCCAGAAGGAGAUCAAGAAGGCCUAUUACCAGUUGGCAAAGAAAUACCACCCUGACACAAACAAGGAUGACCCCAAAGCGAAGGAGAAGUUCUCUCAGCUGGCAGAAGCCUAUGAGGUGCUGAGUGACGAGGUGAAGCGGAAGCAGUACGAUGCCUACGGCACGGCGAGCUUCGAGGCCGGCGCUGCCGGGGCCGGCGCCGGCACGGGGCGGCAGUACUGGAGCGGCGGCCCCUCCAUUGAUCCCGAGGAGCUUUUCCGGAAGAUCUUUGGGGAGUUUUCGGGAUCUCCUUUCGGCGAUUUUCAGAGUGUCUUUGACCAGCCACAGGAGUAUAUCAUGGAACUGACAUUCACCCAAGCUGCAAAAGGUGUUAACAAGGAGAUUGUGGUGAACAUCCAAGACUCCUGUGAGCGGUGCAAUGGCAAAGGGCACGAACCGGGCACCAAAGUGCAGCGCUGUCACUACUGCAACGGCACAGGCAUGGAGACGAUAAACACGGGCCCCUUCGUGAUGAGAUCGACGUGCCGGCGCUGCGGCGGCCGGGGCUCCAUCAUAACCACGCCCUGCGUCGUGUGCCGGGGAACGGGGCAAACCAAGCAGAAGAAGACAGUGAUGGUUCCUGUGCCAGCUGGAGUUGAGGAUGGGCAGACAGUUCGGAUGCCUGUGGGGAAGAAGGAAAUUUUCAUUACGUUCAGGGUUCAGAAAAGUUCUGUGUUCAGAAGGAAUGGAGCAGAUAUCCAUUCGGAGCUCCCGAUCUCAGUAGCACAGGCUGUGCUGGGAGGCACAGCCCGAUGUCAAGGCUUGUACGAGACAAUCAACAUCACAAUACCCCCUGGUAUUCAGCCAGACCAGAGAAUUCGAAUGAGUGGGAAAGGCAUUCCCAAGGUCAACAGUUAUGGCUACGGAGACCACUACAUCCACAUAAAGAUAAAAGUCCCUCAGAGGCUGACGGAUCGCCAGCGAGCCUUAAUGAUGAGCUACGCGGAGGACGAGACGGACGUGGAUGGCACAGUGAACGGGGUCACAAACACAACGUCAGGUGGCAGGGCCAAGGCUAGCGCUGCUACAGGCGGGGAUAGGCCUGAGGCUGAGGAGAACAAGGAGGGAUUCCUUUCCAAACUUAAGAAAAUGUUUACCUCCUGACACCCCAUCUGAGGGAAACGUUCUACUGGGAACUAGGAGCCAGCAGCAGCAGGUCAUCUGUGCAGUUGGGGGUGAAUCUUUCUGGCAGCAGGCUCUGGAGAGCACAGGAUGUCAGUUGGCAGCACAGCAAGAAUCUCAGCUGGAGAGGCCACAGACCACCGAGGCACCAACACCCAUCGUGAUACAACCCCCCCACCACCAUCCAAGGAACUGGCAGUGAAGGAAAAUGCCAGCUUUGCAGAGAUGGGGCUCUCUGGAGGCUGCUCCACAGCCCUACUGCUGCUGGAAGCUUAUUGGGUAAAAAUUAAAGUUGAAGUAUUAUUUAGAAUCCAAACCAGAAGAAAUGUGAAAUGUGAAAUAAACUGUCCUUCCAGCACAGAGCAGAGCAGUUAGGGUGGAGUUAGGGUGCUCUAUGGAGCCCAAGUCUCCACCUGCUGCUCACUCAGGUGCCCUUUGCAAUGCCAGGUGUGCUUGGUGAACUCACCACUGCUCACCUUCUCCCAGGAGACCUGGUGGGUCAGGGAGGUUUAACCCUGUCUUCACGACAGCCCUGCUGCCCUGCACAGCUCCGAGUGGAAUCUCCCUGGGCCUUGUCCAAGCCCACGUGCCCUGGCUCCUUCACAGCCGGGGGCUUUCUCAGCCCUGCUGAUUGCCUGCACAGAGCAGUGGUGGCAUCUGCACUUUGCCUCAGGUUUAACCCCCAAAAAACUGAAGUUACCACACAACUGCUGUCGCUUCUGAACGGGUACAAGUUGAUCACAAGCCCUUUGCCAGUUGGGGACAAAAUCUUUUUAUUACCUUAGUGCAACACCCGUAGCAUAAAGGAUUGGUCAGAGCAUCGUUGUUUUACAUGUGUGAGAGUGCAAGUGAGGUGGAUCACUCCUUCCAGGUGCAGCUGAGCUCUUGCAGUGAGUAUCCCAUGGUUACUGUGUUAGUGAUACCAUGCAGGUACCAUCAGCCCACGUACUAAUAACCAGUUAAACAGGGACAUGUUGUAGUCUUGCCCUUCUUAAUUUGCUGAAAUAAAGCACGCGUUGCCUCCUGAUUAAACUGUCUGUAAAGUGAUUCUGUAUCCAUGUAAAUAAGAUGGACUUCAUAAAGAUAUUUAACAUGU